ACUCUGCACAUGCGGCUGGGUGGCAGCCAGCGGCCUCAGACGGACCCACUGGCGUCUCUCUGCUGAGUGACCGUAAGCUCGGCGUCUGGCCCUCUGCCUGCCUCUCCCUGAGUGUGGCUGACAGCCACGCAGCUGUGUCUGUCUGUCUGCGGCCUGUGCAUCCCUGCUGCGGCCGCCUGGUACCUGCCUUGCCGUCUGCUUCCUCUGUCUGCUGCUCUGUGGGACACCUGCCUGGAGGCCCAGCUGCCCGUCAUCGGAGUGACAGGUCUUAUGACAGCCUGAUUGGUGAUUCGGGCUGGGUGUGGAUUCUCACCCCAGGCCUCUGCCUGCUUUCUCAGACCCUCAUCUGUCACCCCCACGCUGAACCCAGCUGCCACCCCCAGAAGCCGAUCAGAUUGCCCCCAGCACACGGAAUGGAUUUCUGAGAAAGAAGCCGAAACAGAAGAUGAGGAAAUGAGGCUGUGAGAGGUAGAGUGAUUUUCCCUUGGUGACUCAACCAGGAUGUAGCAGGUCGGGCAGUCAAGCCAGGUGACCCCAUGAACUGUCGCUGCAUCUUUCUCAUGAAGCACGGGGAGUGGGUCGGAUGGCCCGUGGGAGUCAGCAUGCUGUGUGGCUGGGCCGCCCCCUUGCUCCUGCUGCUGCUCCAGGGAGGCUGGGGCUGCCCCGACCUCGUCUGCUACACCGAUUACCUCCAGACGGUCAUCUGCAUCCUGGAGAUGUGGAACCUCCACCCCAGCACGCUCACCCUUACUUGGCAAGACCAGUAUGAAGAGCUGAAGGGCGAGGCCACCUCCUGCAGCCUCCACAGGUCGGCCCACAAUGCCACCCAUGCCACCUACACCUGCCACAUGGAUGUAUUCCACUUCAUGGCCGACGACAUUUUCAGUGUCAACAUCACAGACCAGUCUGGCAACUACUCCCAGGAGUGUGGCAGCUUUCUCCUGGCUGAGAGCAUCAAGCCAGCUCCCCCUUUCAACGUGACCGUGACCUUCUCAGGACAGUAUAAUAUCUCUUGGCGCUCAGAUUACGAAGACCCAGCCUUCUACAUGCUGAAGGGCAAGCUUCAGUAUGAGCUGCAGUACAGGAACCGGGGAGACCCCUGGGCUGUGAGUCCGAGGAGAAAGCUGAUCUCAGUGGACUCAAGAAGUGUCUCCCUCCUCCCCCUGGAGUUCCGCAAAGACUCGAGCUAUGAGCUGCAGGUGCGGGCAGGGCCCAUGCCUGGCUCCUCCUACCAGGGGACCUGGAGUGAGUGGAGCGACCCGGUCAUCUUUCAGACCCAGUCAGAGGAGUUAAAGGAAGGCUGGAAUCCUCACCUGCUGCUUCUCCUCCUGCUUGUCAUAGUCUUCAUUCCUGCCUUCUGGAGCCUGAAGACCCACCCAUUGUGGAGGCUAUGGAAGAAGAUAUGGGCCGUCCCCAGCCCUGAGCGGUUCUUCGUGCCCCUGUACAAGGACUGCAGCGGAGACUUCAAGAAAUGGGUGGGUGCACCCUUCACUGGCUCCAGCCUGGAGCUGGGAUCCUGGAGCCCAGAGGUGCCCUCCACCCUGGAGGUGUACAGCUGCCACCCACCACAGAGCGCGGCCAAGAGGCUGCAGCUCACAGAGCUACAAGAACCAGCAGAGCUGGUGGAGUCUGACGGUGUGCCCAAACCCAGCUUCUGGCCGACGGUCCAGAGCUUGGGGGGCUCAGCUUACAGUGAGGAGAGGGACCGGCCGUACGGCCUGGUGUCCAUUGACACAGUGACUGUGCGAGAUGCAGAGGGACCAUGCACCUGGCCCUGCAGCUGUGAGGAUGACGGCUACCCAGCCCUGGACCUGGACGCUGGCCUGGAGCCCAGCCCAGGCCUAGAGGACCCACUCUUGGGCGCAGGGACCACAGUCCUCUCCUGUGGCUGUGUCUCAGCUGGCAGCCCUGGGCUAGGAGGACCCCUGGGAAGCCUCCUGGACAGACUAAAGCCACCCCUUGCAGAUGGGGAGGACUGGGCUGGGGGACUGCCCUGGGGUGGCCGGUCGCCUGGAGGGGUCUCAGAGAGUGAGGCGGGCUCACCCCCAGCCGGCCUGGAUAUGGACACGUUUGACAGUGGCUUCGUGGGCUCUGACUGCAGCAGCCCUGUGGAAUGUGACUUCACCAGCCCCGGGGAUGAAGGACCCCCCCGGAGCUACCUCCGCCAGUGGGUGGUCAUUCCCCCGCCACUUUCGAGCCCUGGACCCCAGGCCAGCUAGUGAAGCUGACUGGAUGUCCAGAGCUGGCCAGGCCACUGGGCCCUAAGCCAGAGACAAGGUCACUUGGGCUGUGAUGUGAAGACACCUGCAGCCUUUGGUCUCCUGGAUGGGCCUUUGAGCCUGAUGUUUACAGUGUCUGUGUGUGUGUGUGUGUGCAUAUGCGUGUGUGUGUGCGCAUAUGCCUGUGUGUGUGUGUGUGUGUGUGUCUUAGGUGCACAGUGGCAUGUCCACAUGUUUGUGUGAUUGCAUGUGCCUGUGGGCCUGGGAUAAUGCCCAUGGUACUCCAUGCAUUCACCUGCCCUGUACAUGUCUGGACCCACGGAGCUCACCCAUGUGCACCAGUGUGCACAGCAAACGUGUCUGUGGUCAACAGAUGACAACAGCCAUCCUCCCUUCUAAGGUCUUGUGUUGCAAGCUGGUCCACAGCACCUCCGGGGCUUUGUGGGAUCAGGGUAUUGCCUGUGACCAAGGCCAAGCCCAGCCCUCCAGCGUCUGCCUCCAGGAGCUGCCAGAAGUCCAUAUCGUUCCUUAUCACCUGCCAGCAGGAAGGGAAAGGGGAUAGAGUGAGCCCAUGGUGACCCUGGGAAUGGGAAGAUUUGGGGAGGCCCAUGGACGAAGGUCUGAAUCCCGACUCUGAUACCUUCUGGCUGUGCUACCUGAGCCAAGUCGCCUCCCCUCUCUGGGCUAGAGUUUCCUUAUCCAGACGAUGGGGAAGGCAUGACCCACCUGGGGGAAAUUGGUGAUGUCACCCGUGUACAGUACGCAGCCCAGAGCAGACCCUCGGUAAACGUCAGCUUCCUUCCUUCUGCGGCCAGAGCUGAGGCGGGUGGGGGUGAGAACAUCAAUCAUCAGUGACAGCCUGGGCGCCGGUGGGGCCGUCCCGCCUGCAGAGGGCCACUCGGGGGGGUUUCCAGGCUUAAAAUCAGUCCGUUUCGUCUCUUGGAAACAGCUCCCCACCAACCAAGAUUUCUUUUUCUAACUUCUGCUACUAAGUUUUUUAAAAUUCCCUUUAUGCACCCAAGAGAUAUUUAUUAAACACCAAUUAUGUAGCAGGCCAUGGCUUAUGGGACCCUCCCCCUGUGGCACUCAUGGAGGAGGGGUGCGGGUUGGAACUAUGCAGUGUGCUCCAGCCACACGUCCUGCUGGGCCCCCUACCCUGCCCCACUUCAAUCCUGCCAAUAAAUCCUUAUUUGUUUAUCCUGGAGAAUUGAAGGGAGGUCAAGUUGUUUGUCAAUGAUUUAUCAGAGAACCUGUUGAAAUGUGAAUUAAGAAGCUAAGAAAAUAUUUCUUAGCAACAUUUUUUUUUUCUUCUUUUGAGACAGAGUUUCACUCUUGUCGCCCAGGCUGGAAUGCAGUGGUACGAUCUCGGCUCUCUGCAACCUCUGUCUCCUGGGUUCAAGCGAUUUCCUGCGUCAGCCCCCGAGUAGCUGGAAUUACAGGCACACACCACCAUGCCUGGCUAAUUUUUGUAUUUUUAGUAGAGCUGGGGCCACCCUAGCCCGGCCCCGUCUUCCUCCCCAAAGGUCAGACUGCAGGCUGCAGGGCUGUGCUGGAGGAGCCAGCAGCUCUGGCUCACCCAUGCUUUUGGAACAGGGUUGGGUUGGAAGUCAGCAGAGGUCAGUCCUGCUGAAGGCUCCUUCGUGACUCAUCUGUGAAGUGGGGUGGUUGGGAGAGGUAGCUGAGAGAAUGCAUGAGAGUCCUCGGUGCCUGGCAGGAGGCUGGAAGGUUCUAGAACACUGAUGGUUAUAAGAGUGGGACUGUGAGCCUGGGAUCGGGGGAUGUGAGACUUGGAUGGGAGCACAAGAGUGGAAGCACAGCUUCUGCACGGAGGCGGGGCAGCCCUCAACACCCCAUGCACCUGCAUCCUAGGGACUGUUGGGUCCAGAUGUGCUGUGGUUUUCACACCUUCUUGGGGGCAACAGGUUCCAGGAGCCACCUGUGGGUGCCACCUGAGCCACAGGCUCCCAGGAAAGCAGCGCAGCUCUCCUGCACCCAGAGCUUGCUGGGUGGGGGAGGGGAACACAGAUGGUUGGGGAAGGCCUGAGGCCAGACUGGGGGGCUCUGGACUGGGGCAGAUGAGGCUCCUCAGAAUCCCACCUUUGAAGGGAACUCAACUUAUAAGCACAGAGGAGCAAAGUUGGAGGGCUGGGAGCAGUGGCUCACACCUGUGAUCUCAGCACUUUGGGAGGCCAAGGCAGGUGGAUCACUUGAGGCCAGGAGUUCAAGACCAGCCUGGGCAACAUAGCAAGGCCCCAUCUCUACAAAAAUUAUUAUUAUUUUUAAAAAUUAGCCAGGCGUGGUGGUGCUUGCCUGUAGUCCCAGCUACUCGGGGGGCUAAGGUGGGAGGAUCGCUGGAGCCCAGGAAUUUGAGGCUGCAGUGAGCUGUGAUUAUACCGUUGCACUCCAGCCUGGGUCACAGAUCAAGACCCUGUCUCUUAAAAAUAAAAGUUGGAGACAAGAGCUGGCUCACCUGAAAGGACGGAUUAGUAGGUAGGCGGGUGGAUGGAGGAUGGAUGGAUGUGUGGGUGGAUAGGAGGGUAUUAUUAAGUUGGUGCAAAAGUCUUUGCUAUUACUCUUAAUGGCUUUAAUAAAAAGCUUGAAGGAAGAAUCGUUGGUUGGAUAGACAGAGAUAAACGCAUAUUGGAAACAAAGAUAAAGAUAAAACACAAGUCAUACCAGGCCAGCAACUCUGUCUAUUUUGUUCACUGCCUUUAGUCCCAGCCUGGCACAUAGUAGGCACUCAAUAAAGCCUGAUUCGUAGCA